AUGCCUCGAGGUAGAGGACGACCGAAGAAGAAGGUGUCAUUGUUGAUGAUUCAUCCAAUGGUUAACAAGGAGAGUAUAAGGAGCAACGUAGGAGAUGAAACUAGCAAAGGAAGCGAGGAGAAAAUUGAUGAUGAUGGGGAAGAGGAAGUAAAAUCGCAAACCCUGGAGGAGGAACCAGCUAAAGAAGAAACAACAAAGGUUGAUGAAAUACCAAAAAAGAAGCUUUGGGUGGAUGUAAUAAGUGGCAAUCGAGUACGUUCGAAUGGUAUGGAGAUAGAAUUUGAUCCCACAAAAUCGUGGAAGGUAAAAUUGAGGUGGAAAUUGAAGCAUAUUAUGUGGAUUUUGAGGUAUUGGAAUUUUGUGCAACUUCUAGAGAUGUUUUAUCAUGAAGAGCGUUAUUUCCUCCUGAAAAUUCGAACUAGUGAAGACAAGGAAAUGGUUCUCACGAGAGGGCUAUACUCUAUAAAGAAUAUGCCAAUGGUACUCAAAGAUCGGAGUUAUGAUUUCAAUUUCAAGAGGGACAUGAUUCUCAUCCUUCCAGUAUGGGUUAAACUACCUCAACUUCCCUUGCAUCUUUGGGGAGCAAAAAGUUUAGGCAAGAUAGGAAGUGCACUAGGAAAACCUCUAUUCACAGAUGAAUGUACGAUGAACAAGCUGCGAGUUUCAUAUGUGUGUAUCUUUGUGGAGAUUGACAUAUCUCAUAAACAAAAGGAUAGCAUAAUAAUUAAGGAUAAUGAAGGAAUGAAUAUCACUCAACCAGUUGAAUUGGAACGGACGCCAAAGUUUUGUGACACCUGCCAAAAAAUAGGGCACCAAUGUAACAAGGAGAAACCUAGGAUAGUCAAGCAAUUGCGGGAAGUGACGACAACAGUUAGCAGUCAACAUAUAGAGGAAGAGAUUCCCACCACACUGGCUAAUCAAGGAACCUCUUCAUGGACACAGGUGACAAAAAACAAGAAGAACAAAGGUUUUUCUGCUACAGUUCAGACAAUCACUUCAGUAGUGACCAUACUUCUAAGAAUUGAAACACUGAAUGUGACUUUUGUCAGCAAGAGUAAUCAAAAUUCUAUGACGACAAAGGAGGAUAUAGAUAAAUGUAAAGGUUCAGCUAUUGAAAAUUUGAGAGAAAAGAAACUUUAG